AAAUAAGAAAUUGAUUUUCAUUGUUUAUACUAUGUGCAUUUUCUUCCGGCAUCUACUAUAUAUAGAUUUUUAACAAAGACUCGUUAAUACUCGUCAUACUGGAAGAGAGUAUCGGCAUAUAAAAGCCGGUGACACGGUCUAUAACAGACGUCAUUCCACUUUACAUCCUCCAACGGAAGGCCAGUCUACCAGUUUCAGCAAUUAUGUUCCACUUGCUAUUCCUGGCCUACCUGGCCACAGCAACCGGCGACACCUUCAAUACCGUUUACUCAUGGAAGCAGGUCGAAUUUAAACUUCCAAACCAUACCAUCCAAAACGAGUACAUCGCUUCCGGCGAUUACAUUCCGAAUAAUAACAUGCCAUUAGGUCUGGCCGUUUCACAAAAAAUGUUCGUCACAAUACCGCGGUGGAAAAGUGGCGUUUUAGCGACUUUAAAUAGUUUCUCGAUGAACGACGUCGCGCAGAACGGAGACAGUCCGAUCCUAACACCGUAUCCUGAUCUCGAGGCAAAUAACAUUCAUUCACCUGAUGGCAUCGUAAGCAUUUUUCGCCUCAGGAUCGAUGCCUGCGAUCGCAUGUGGGGACUCGAUACAGGAGCAAAUGAUAUUUUGAAAAAUUUUACAGUUGUGCGACCGAUGACGCUUACUGUUAUUGAUUUGAAAACGGAUAAGAUUAUUCGCAAGUAUGUUUUGAAGGAUACAGACGUGAAGCCAAACAGCUUCAUCGCCGAUCUUGUGGUCGAUGUUGCACCUGGACAAUGCGAUAAAGCCUACGUGUAUAUGAGUGAUUUAAGUGAAUAUGGUAUGGUGGUGUACGACUGGGAAAAGAACGAUUCUUGGCGAAUUAGUCAUCCUUUCUUCCAUUUCGAUCCACUAAAUGGUGAUUUUAACGUUAACGGCUAUGAUUUCCAAUGGAUUGACGGUAUUUUUGGGAUGUCUUUGUCACCAAUUCGUAAAGAUGGAUACAGAACUCUCUAUUUCCAUGCCAUGUCCGGUAUCACGGAAUUUUCCGUGUCUACGGACGUUUUGCAAGAUAGCACGUUGAAAAAAUCGGAGAACUACCACAAUUUUCAUAUUGUUGGCAAUAAGGGACUGUUAACUCAAGGACCAUCCUCCGUCAUCGAUUCGGAGACAUGUAUCGAUUAUUUUGCUCAAGUGAAUAGAAAUGGUAUCGCGUGUUGGGAUACUACGGUGGAAUUAAGUCCGAAAACAUUCAAUUUGGUGGCGCAGGACAAUACGACGUUGGUGUUUCCUCAAGAUAUAGCUGUCGAUAAUAAAUCUCGACAAUUAUACGUGCUUUCUAAUAAUUUACAGAAAUUUUUAUACGGAGAUUUUGAUCCGAUGGCGACAAACUUUUUUAUUACUUCGGCUGAUCUCGGGACAUUAACGUCCCUAUGCAAAAAUAAUGCGGCACAGUAAUUAAAGUGAGAUGAGCAAAAAACACUUUUGAAUCCAAUUAUAUACAUAUGCAUAAUAUUAUAGACUGUACUUUUUAUAUCGUAUAGACUAGUUCUUUUAUAUCGUAUAUAAAUUAAGGAAUAUUAAUUAUAUAUCAAACAGUUAUAUACUACUUUUAAACAAAUAAAUAAAUAUAUGAAUGUACAAAUAAAUAAAUGCAUGAAACGUAUAAAUUAGUAAGUGUUAACACAUCUAUAAAACGCGACUAUAUAAAGAUUUUCCUCGAAAGAUUAAACGUUAUCUUUUUAAUUUAUCGUGAUUGACACGUCGCGUUCUUUUAAUUACACGAAUUGAAUAAAAGACGAAUUCCGAUAUAGCUUUUCAUAAAUAUGUUUAAAAGACAAUGGAAAUAUCUUUCUAACAAAUGAAACAAUGAUGCAUGUUUUAUAAACUUGCGAUGCUUCUUCUCUCUCCGACAAAGAAGCACGUGUGCAUUCUCUCUUUUAUUUCUUACAUUUUAAAUAUAAAAAACGUAGAAAAAAAAAAGAAAAACGAGAGCCGGAUCCAUUAUUUCGCAGCUUGCGAUAAAUAAACGCGGCCCGUUUGAAAAUUAAUUGCAGGGGGGAAAAUAUGCAAGUAGAUCUCGUUAUGUGGAGACGAUUUUUCCUCAGCAAAAAUGUCAAAGCCAUAAUUUUUUGCAUGUCUCCAAUUUUUCAUAUGUAUCGUUAUAACUAGACCUUAAAUUAAAAUUUUAUUAAAGUAAGCUCCACUUGAAA